UUUACACAGCUCGAGCGGCGUGUCGCCGUCAUAGCAAGCGCAUUGUCAUUGCGGCCUCACUGUCGGCGGGGCUGGCGGGAAUGGCGCGGGCCCUGGUGGUGGCCAUAGCCUGCGCGAUGGCCACAUCGGCGACCAGCUACGGAGACUACGCAGGAGCGCGAAUGCCUCAAUAUCACAUGGAUUAUGAGAGCCGGGACACGGCACCGCGUGACGAAUACCCGGAAAGAUCACCAGAUGGCCAUGUGCCCUUAGAUUAUAAAUAUGAAGAGGAUCCCGAUGGCAAACACUAUAAAGCUCCAGAAACAAUUGUAGAUGAAAAUGACGAAUGGAUUAAAACUAAAAAUAGAAGAAAUAAACCUACAGAUUUAGAUCACGAAUAUAGUCAAGAAGUAGAUAAGUAUUCCAGUACAGACGAUAGGGACCAGAAAAUAAAAUCUAACCGAAUACAUGCCAGAAAUAGGCACAACUUCAAAAGAAAAAAAGUGGACAUAGAUGAAUCAUUCCCUGAACGCGAACGCAGAAGGUACGACGAUUCAAAAAAUCCAUCCCAUGAAAAUUUAGUCCGUUUGAGUAAAGACAGAAUAGUUGAUAACAAAAGCUUUGAAAGAAAUGUCAAAAAUAUUGGUUAUGCUAGAGGACAGAAGAGGCAAAACAGACGUAAAACUCGUGAUAAAGCUUAUCCGCGCAUCGAUGACAUUGAAGAAGGCAUUCUGACCGCCGAAAAGGUGUUCGAGACAGAUGAUAGCGGCGAAGAGGAAGUGGCGCAGAUCACCGGACAGCGGCGCAUGAUGGACCCUGAGCGUGUACGAGUUACUCGACCAGACCCCGACUUUACAACUAACUUUGCCGGUAAAAGGCCAGAUAAGAGCUAUGCUGAUUAUGACGAAUAUUACGACAUGAAGAGGGUCCUCAACAUUAAGAACAAAUUGCCAUCACUCCUGCGUCGCACAAAAGCGAGGUACUCAACGACGCAGCGAACUCCACAAGUGGAAGAAUGGUUCCGGCGAGCCAACAUCCCAGAUGAAAAUAAAUAUGACACCAAAGUGUCUUCGACCACAUCUACAGCAGUAACAACGACAAAGUCAACCACAAAGACCAAAGUUACCCCAAAGGUUACCACAAAAUCCCCGCAAACGACUAAGACCACAACUUUGAAACCAAAUGUAGUGUCAUCAAAUAGCUCAGAACUGUCUUUAGCUGAAAAGUCUAGACUAUCCAUUCUCAAGAAGGUGCAGAGAAAAGAGAGUCUAAAAAGUGGAUCGGGUACAACGAAGCCCCCAGUUUUAAUGCAAGUAACGGAACGUAUGCAGACCGUAGUGAUGGUGGAGCCGCCGGGGUCGCUGGUGGAGCGGCUGCGCGCGCGAGAGCUCUCCAACGACUCUCCCGGCCGCGUGGCGAAGGCCAAGCGCUUGAUGCGACACAAGCUGCUGUCGAACGCCAAGAGCAUCCACGACUUGACGGACAAUUGGGACGACAUGAUCUGCGAAUAUAUCGACGUCUCUCUGCUGAGUAAGGCUAACGGGGUGCCGUUCAACUUAUCGUAUAAAAUGGCCCUAGCUUGUUUAUUGAUACGAAGUACGCCAGAAACAACAGCGGGCACAACCAGCGUGGCGGAGCGGCGGUUGGACGUGGUGCUGGGCCACCGGCAGCGCAAGGAGGCGCCGGCCACCGGCCCCGCCGGCCCCGCCGGCCCCCUCUCCACACCUCCCACAUUCCCCCCCUUCGCCAUCGAGCAGGCAGAAAUGAAAAGCUCAACUACUGUGAACGGAGCAGUUGUACCACUGGUGAGUGGUGGGAGUCAAUUGACAACCACUAAGGACGAGGCCGUCAUAGCUGAUAUAGAACCAAGCAAACCAGAGAUAAAUCAGGGUGAAUGCCCGUCUGUUGGAAUGAGCUGA